AUGGGCCGCAGUUCAAGACCUAAAUGGAGCAUUGUAAAAAAAUCAAAAGAAUCAUGGGACGAUAUUGUUGAAAGAACAGAAGAUCAUUUUGUGGAAUCACUGGAACAGUGGCGGUCUCAGGUUGGCAUAGAAAAGAUGACCCUUUGCGGCCACUCCAUGGGUGGUUAUUUCGCUACCUGCUAUGCCUUGAAAUAUCCUGAUCGAGUGCGAAAACUGAUCUUGGUGUCGCCAGCUGGUAUCCCAGAACGACCUCCCGAACUCGGACCUGACCCGCGAGAAGCGCCUGGCGCUUCACCGAAAGAAUUAUUGACAAAAGAAGCCUCCGAGCUGGCGGCUGCAAACGACACGGCAACGAUGUCUGCUGAGGCCAUCGCCCAAUCCAACGGAGAUCCGCAAGUAUUACCUUCACCACCAGUGCGUAAAAUUCCUGCAUGGGCGAAAUAUCUUUGGGACAAAAACAUUACACCCAUGAGCAUCGUUCGUUUCAGUGGACCCUUUGGAGCAAGCCUUGUCAAUAACUAUGCAUCAAAACGGUUUGCUCAUUUAAAUGUUGACGAACGACAUGAUCUAUAUGACUAUCUGUAA